UGUAGUUUUAAAAAUAAAUGGUGAUUUUAAAGACAUUAUUAUUUUAGGAAUUCCAAAUUCUAAUUCCUUCUGCGUUAUACGAAUCAUCGCGAAUCUCAUCUAAAUGAUAACAUUAAAUUAAUUAAACAAAACACGAUCACUGAUCAGCAUCCUGACUUCAUUCAAAAACUAUGUUUAACAAAACGAAAAUGUCAGUCAGAAAAGAUGAACAGAAAUAUGUUGAUAUUUCAAAAAUAACGGAACCGUUUGGUAGAUACCAGAUCAUCCAAUACAUACUGAUAUGUCUGCCGACUAUCUGUGUGUGCAUGGUUAGUAUAAACUACGUGUUUGUUGCUGGAGAUGUUAAUUACAGAUGUCGUGUCGAUGAAUGUGAGGGUAUCGACCCAAACUCUACAGAGUUCUACCCGAGCUGGUGGCCAAACACUACGACAGAUAGGUGCUCGAAACCAGUGGCUCGUGACAGCGCGUGCGGAAACGACAGCUUUACUGGCGCACAAGAAACUUGCACCGAAUGGGUGUAUGAAACUGACAAUACUGUCAUUGCUGAGUUGAACUUGGCCUGCCAGCCAUGGAAGUCGAACCUCAUCGGCACCAUCCACAGCACCGGCAUGCUGGUGUCCAUGCUCAUCUCUGGAUGGAUGUCAGACAGGUUCGGUCGCAAGCCGACGUUGAUAAUCUGCGUGGUGUUUGGCACCAUCGGCAACCUGAAGACGUUAGCUAAGACUUACUAUGUGUACGUCCUCAUUGAAUUCCUGGAGGCAACAUUCACUGGCGGCUCUUACGCUAGUGCUAUGGUCAUAUUAUUAGAAAUUUCGAGUGCAAAGUACAGGCUGCUUUCGGGAGUGAUAUUCGCUUACGCCAUCUACGUUGGCGAGAGCUUGUUCGCCUGCAUCGCCAUGUUCGUUCCCAACUGGAAAACACUGAUCCGCAUCAUAAACGGACCACUCAUCUUCUUCAUCAGCUACAUCUUCUUUAUCUACGAGAGCCCUCGAUGGCAGAUUGUUAGCGGUAGAAUAGAUAAAGCAAAAGAAUCCCUGAAACGUAUAGCAGAAACCAACAAAAUCAACAUUGAUUACAAAGAACUCGAUGAAAUGAGUGACGUAAAGCUGAAAGCGAAGUUUGAUGUUGAAGAAGUUCAAAUAAAAGAGGGUUAUAAAGCCAUAUUUUCGUCAAAAGUAAUACUAAAACGGUUGUUUGUGGCUUCGACGACCCGGUUCACAUCCAGUUUCGUGUAUUACGGGCUGAUGCUCAACUCUGUCUGGCUGCCAGGAGACAAAUACGUGAACUUCCUGCUGUCCACGGUGAUGUCAUUUCCAGGCGAGCUCAUCUGCCUGUACAUGAUGAACAGGUUCGGGAGGAAGGCGCCGCUGGUGGUCGGCUUUAUAAUGUGUGGUGCUGUGUGUAUCAUUUGUGCUUUCAUACCAGAUGUCUACACUUGGGCAAAGAUCUCACUAUUCCUGCUGGGCAAGGUGGUGAUAGCAGCAUGCUUCACGGGCGCCAUCACGUACGCUAUGGAGCUGUUCCCAACCAGCGUGCGCGGGACCCUCAUCGGGCUCGGAGCCUUCGCGUCAAGGAUAGGCGGCAUGUUGGCGCCGCUUACUCCUAUACUGAAUACAGUAUCAACAAUCCUGCCUCCGUUAUUCUUCGGUGGUUGCGCAGUACUAGCGGGUCUCGCUAUCUGUUUGACUCCAGAGACCAAGGGCAUGCCGCUCCUUGACACGAUCAAGCAGGUUGAAGACAGUGAGAGAAAAUGUGACGUCGACAGUUCAGAUCCGAGAGGAAAUACGACCUGUUCUAUGGAGACUGUCGUCAGCAAAAUAUAAUGAAGGAAAACAUGUAUGGUACUCCCUACCCAAAAACUUUAUAUAACUUGGCUAUUAAUAUUAAUAAAUAUUUUUUACUUGAAACAAACA